AUGAUUUUCGCCUCUGCUGCGACACUGCGCCGGUUGGUGGCAGCGCUACAAUGCCUUGGGCUUAAUUGUGUGCUCCCAGUGGGCGGGGAGUGCAGCCGCAGGCAGUUUAUCCUAACAACCUUGCUGAAGCUGCAGUACCUCAUAGAGCCUCCACAGUUCUCAUCUCAAGGUGAAGGGGGAGAGGCACAAGCCGAGUUGUCUCAACGGGGGGACAUGGGCGAACCAAGUGACCCUACGGAGCAGGCAGCUUUCUCUGCUGUGCGAGAGGCUGAAACCCCCCCAAAACAGCUCAUAUUGCUGCAUCACCUUGCAGCUUUCAUUUUGCAGAGGGUGGGCGUCGAUCUCGAUCUGCAGGUCCUCUUCCGUGCAGAGGCAGACGCUAUCUCGGAGCUUCUGCGGCUUGCGGAAUCCCUUGCAGAUGGCGUGAGGCAGGCACUAAACAGUCAAGCAACUUGCAGGGAAGGAGAAGAGGAGGGAGGAGAGAUCAAGAGAGAAAAACCUUUUGAGGUUCCCCAAACCUUGCGCAGCAAAGAGGCAGUUCAGGCAGUACAAGUGCAAGUAGAAAGAGUCCUCGUGUCCGUGCAGAACUUCUAUGGGGAAGAACAGACGCAGGAGAGGAGCAAGGCAGGAAGGUUCUUGCAAACCGUCUUGGCCUCAGAGGCAUCCUCGGCGAGGGCCGCUGUUGCUGCUGAAGCGGCUACAGAAGCGGCCAGCAGCAGCAGCAGCAGCAGCAGCAGCAGCAGGGCGUUGCUGGGGGAGCAGCUAAAUAGGGGUCGACAGGCCCUCGCUGAUGUAGAGAGAAGCAACGAGGCGCUCGCCUCCCAUGUGCAGGAGCUGAAGGAAAGGGUCCGCAGCGCGGAGCGAAACGCAGAUCGUCUCAGCAAGCAGUUGCUGCUACUCGGGCGUUCUCAGGACUCUGCUCUUGCAGCUGCUGAACAACAGCGGCAGCGUGACACGCAGGAACAGCUGCGCCAGCUGUACGUACAGUACGCACGAAAGUCUGCUGUCUGCGACACCCUCACUGCAUCCAUGGAGGCUAACGCAGGGAGCGCCGAGACAGCAGCAGCUCAGAACAGGCUUCGACUUCAGCAGGCUAGGCAGCAGAUGCGGCUGGAGCAUGCCGCACCUGCACCCUCCACCGAGACCCAGACUAAUUGCAUGGACACCCUGUGCGGGGGAAUGUCCGAGGACGUGGGUCUGACCCUGGCCUCUUCUGAACAGCUCUGUACGGAAGGCAGCGAACUCGACCUUGGUGUUAUAUAA